AUGGAUACGAUCACGGGACCCUACAAACAUGUAGACCUCGUACGAUCGGCGAAAAAACUGCGGAUGCAAGUGAACACCUCCUGUAAAAGCAGUUCCAGGCCAAACUCACAGCUCGACGGAAACGACGAUAAACUAUUCCAGCUCGUCAACGCCGAGACACCCGUCCUCGAGUCCAAGGCCCAGCGCAGCGCGAGCAAGCAUAAAUCACCCCUCGCAGGACAAUCUAGGCGCGCCGAGAUAACCAGCAAAGGACCAGACUCGACGUCCCAAACUAUCGAGCCUCCCAGGAUGUUCGGUCCGUUUAACGACGAGGAGCGAAAGGAAAUUUUGACCAAGUUUUACGAUCAGGUGAAGAGCAACUUGGAAAGCAUUGUCCGGCCCGAUGGAAGCAAAGAGUUACCUCCGAGGACGUGUGCCGACCUCUUUGCCGCUUUCCCCGAAAAACCUACGGGAGAGUAUUGGAUUGAUCCGAACGACGGUGAUCCUCGAGAUGCGAUACUAGUACGUUGUGACGCCGAAACGCGCUCGUCUUGUAUUUUGGCUAGUCCCUCGCGAACAGUGGAAAUCAGUCACGAGGGCAGUGAAUCCGAAAUUUGGCUCAAUGAAAUCGACAGCGCGUCAAAGAUAAAUUACAAGGCGGACAGCAAUCAAAUUGGUUUUCUGCAAUUACUUUCUAAAGAAGCCGAACAAAGUAUCACUUACAAUUGUAAGAACAGCGUCGCUUAUUUCGACAUUGAGCGUAAGACUUACAGAAAAGGAUUGAAGCUCCUCGCGUGGAACGAUGUUGAAUUACUGCCAAGGGGAAGUCAGCGAUUGCGCUACGAGGCAAUUUUAGAUGAGUGCAAGACACGAGGGGACCACUGGAAAAAGACUACCAUCACAUACAAGACUGAUAAACCGUCGAGACUACCCAUAGUUGACGUUGCCAUGCGUGAUAUCGGCAAACCUGAGCAGAGUUUCUGGAUAGAGAUUGGAUCAGUCUGUUUCCGACAUANGAAAGAGUCGCAAGCCACCGUGACUUUUACCAGCAACCCUUCGUCCUAUGAUGGAUACGUUCCAGGCCAAACUCACAGCUCGACGGAAACGACGAUAAACUAUUCCAGCUCGUCAACGCCGAGACACCCGUCCUCGAGUCCAAGGCCCAGCGCAGCGCGAGCAAGCAUAAAUUACCCCUCGCAGGACAAUCUAGGCGCCCCUUGCGAAAUUGAUGGAACAAACCGCCGAUCCGGCGAGUACUGGCGUCCCUCGAACUGCACCAUUUGUCGAUGCCUCCGCGGACAAAUCGAUUGCGCCCGUAUACCCUCCUGUAACGCGACCACACCAGCGCCCGAUAGAUACGAUGAUAGAUACAACAGCAGCACGCAGAGGACUGAAUCGGUCGAGAUGGAUUUUGGCGAGAGUCAACCGGUCAAGCCUCUCAACGGCUCCUCCAAUGCGGAAGGUUCGAGUCCAGCUCGUACAGUGCCAGAUGUGUCCCAGUACUACCAUCAACUGGGAAUGGCGCAGGCUAGCUCGGACAAGGGGCCCAGUCCAAUGAUGUACCCGGAAGCUUACGUCCAAGUCGGACCUCGAGGACCUGCUGGUCCUCCCGGUCCACCUGGUCCAAUGGGUUUCACGGGGCCAAGGGGUGAAGCUGGGGAACCAGGACCUCCUGGUGUCGCGGGAGCACUUGGUCCUCGCGGACUGCCGGGUUUACCUGGAAACGAUGGCAUUCCCGGUGAAGAUGGUGAAACAGGUACGCCUGGUUCUCAUGGGCCUCCCGGUCCUCGCGGACCUCCAGGUUUGCCGGGAUUGCCUGGAGCUAAAGGUCACAAGGGUCUACCAGGUACGGAUGGACUUAAGGGUGAACAGGGAAAUACUGGUGAAAAAGGAGCUCUCGGUCCUCCUGGUGCACAGGGGCCCUUGGGGCCAAUUGGUCCUUUAGGACCUCGUGGUGAGAGAGGAAGAGAUGGUGCGCCUGGACAACCAGGCAGUAGAGGCUUUGAUGGAUCACCUGGAGCAGUUGGACCACCUGGAACCAUCGGGAAACCUGGUCCCCCUGGUUUUCCAGGAAUCCGAGGGAUGAAAGGUGAUCAAGGUAUGCAGGGCCCCAAGGGUAAUCAAGGCUUGCAAGGUCUGAGAGGAGACGUUGGUCGCACUGGAGCCCCUGGAGAAGCUGGACCUCCAGGGGUACCUGGCAAGGAGGGUCCUCGUGGUGAAAAGGGAGCUGCUGGCUUGAAUGGUUUGGUUGGACAGCCUGGAUUCCCUGGUAUUAGAGGACUACCUGGAACACCCGGUAGUCAGGGGCUACCUGGAAUAGAGGGUUUACCCGGAGUACCCGGAGAAAAGGGAGCUCGAGGAGACGUAGGGCUAAAGGGCGAGCCAGGUUUUCCGGGUCCACGCGGACAGCCUGGGGCGACGGGAAGUGAGGGUAAAAAAGGAAAAAGAGGUCCAAGCGGUCCCGUGGGUGCAGCUGGGCCUCCCGGGGAACGCGGUGCUGUCGGACUUAGGGGAUCGCCCGGUGCGGAUGGGGCGAUUGGGCCGAAGGGCCAACCGGGUGAACGGGGGCCUGUAGGGCCGGUUGGACCGAAAGGUGCAGUAGGCGACGUUGGCCGAGCAGGGCCAAUAGGUGCACAGGGUUUGCGAGGUUUGCCGGGAAAGCCUGGAAAUCCCGGAAAAUCAGGGAAUAAUGGAGAUAGAGGAGCUGCGGGGACUGACGGGAAACCUGGAGACCAGGGUAUUCAGGGGCCUCCCGGGCUUGCUGGACCAGUUGGUCCUCCCGGCGAAAAAGGAUUUCCUGGGGAGCCUGGGGAGGAUGGAGAGCAGGGACCUCCCGGUCCACCAGGACUCGAUGGUCAGCCUGGUGCGCGUGGCAAACCGGGUCUUCCUGGGCCAGAUGGUGUGAAAGGUGAACGAGGCCUCGAAGGUAUGCCUGGACCCAAAGGUCAUAGAGGCCUCAAUGGCCUCCAAGGGGUGCCAGGUCCACCUGGUAUUGGUGAAAAAGGAGAACAAGGUCCCGUUGGUUUACCAGGGAAGGAUGGCGAUGCGGGCUUGCGUGGACCCCCUGGCCGUGACGGCAACCCGGGACCUCCAGGCCACAGUGGAAAUCCAGGACCUCGAGGUCCACCUGGAGAAGACGGAAGACAUGGUCAACCAGGGCCCUCGGGACCUCCCGGACCACCUGGGCCUCCGGGAGAAAUUGCGUAUGGCUACGACACGGCUUCGCUCGCUGCGUUAUUUGCUCAAGGACAGAGCAAAGGACCGGAUUCGACGUCCCAAACUAUCGAGCCUCCCAGGAUGUUCGGUCCGUUUAACGACGAGGAGCGAAAGGAAAUUUUGACCAAGUUUUACGAUCAGGUGAAGAGCAACUUGGAAAGCAUUGUCCGGCCCGAUGGAAGCAAAGAGUUACCGCCGAGGACGUGUGCCGACCUCUUUGCCGCUUUCCCCGAAAAACCUACGGGAGAGUAUUGGAUUGAUCCGAACGACGGUGAUCCUCGAGAUGCGAUACUAGUACGUUGUGACGCCGAAACGCGCUCGUCUUGUAUUUUGGCUAGUCCCUCGCGAACAGUGGAAAUCAGUCACGAGGGCAGUGAAUCCGAAAUUUGGCUCAAUGAAAUCGACAGCGCGUCAAAGAUAAAUUACAAGGCGGACAGCAAUCAAAUUGGUUUUCUGCAAUUACUUUCUAAAGAAGCCGAACAAAGUAUCACUUACAAUUGUAAGAACAGCGUCGCUUAUUUCGACAUUGAGCGUAAGACUUACAGAAAAGGAUUGAAGCUCCUCGCGUGGAACGAUGUUGAAUUACUGCCAAGGGGAAGUCAGCGAUUGCGCUACGAGGCAAUUUUAGAUGAGUGCAAGACACGAGGGGACCACUGGAAAAAGACUACCAUCACAUACAAGACUGAUAAACCGUCGAGACUACCCAUAGUUGACGUUGCCAUGCGUGAUAUCGGCAAACCUGAGCAGAGUUUCUGGAUAGAGAUUGGAUCAGUCUGUUUCCGGUGA